UCCCCCCCAGCAUCUCCAGGACACCGAAGCGAGGGGGAGACAACGGAUGUUAGUCGUAACUAGACUUGACCGAAGAUGGCCUCGCCAAGGACGAUAACCAUUGUCGCGCUCUCUUUUGCGCUGGGUCUUUUUUUUGUCUUCAUGGGUACGAUUAAACUCACACCAAGACUAAGCAAGGAUGCAUACAAUGAAAUGAAAAGGGCCUAUAAGAGUUAUGCCAAGGCCCUGCCUGCCUUGAAAAAGAUGGGCAUAACCUCAGUGCUUCUCCGCAAGAUUAUUGGCACUCUUGAAGUGGGAUGCGGCGUGGUCCUGACACUUGUACCUGGGAAACCAAAGGAUGUGGCCAACUUCCUGCUGCUCCUGGUCAUGCUAGCUGUGCUCUUCUUCCACCAACUGGUCGGAGAUCCUCUCAAGCGCUACGCCCAUGCGCUGGUCUUCGGCAUUCUCCUUACCUGCCGACUCCUGAUUGCUCGUCAGAGUGAGGACCGACCCGAGAGGGAGGAAAGGAGAGAAGAGCAGAUCAACGCUCAGGAAAAGAAUAAAGUAAAACUUUCUUAGCUUCUUUUUUUUCUGACUGCAGUAGCUGUAAGAAGAGGCAUGGACGAUUUCUGAAUAGCAGAUUGUGUUUCAAAAAAGACAGUUAUAGACACAAUGUGAUUUUUUUUUUUCUUUUUUUUUUUUUUUUUCAUCCCCGUAAAUGCCGUUCCACAUUGUUUUUGAUUUCAAGAUUUUUGUUUAGAAACCACAUCCUAAACAUGAACUCAAUAAGUCAAUAAUCUCCACUGUGGCAACACACACAGCUCCGUGGCCGAAGAUGAGACUGUUGUCUUUGUUGGUCACUUUUGUCAUUCUUUCGGCAUUUCCUUAACACUGACCUUUACUAAUAUUAAUAUGACACUGUAAUAUUAGCUUUAAAAGCUUAUCAUUGAUUUUGAUUAUGAUUUUGAUUUUCAGCACCCUAGACUGACAAUUAUUUACAACCUGUAUGUAUGUAAUGGCUUCCUAAUUGCAAAAUAUUACUUAAAAAUUCUUUUCAUUAUGGAAUGGAAAGGAAUUCACAUCCUGGAAUUAAUUUCAUGACUGUUUAAAUUUGGUCCAAGAAUGCUGUUUGAUUUCUAUAGUUUUUACCUUUUCCAGUAGAUCUAUAUCACAGGAAGCUUCCUGUCUCGUAGUCCAGUUUCAGUGCAUGAUGAUCCAAAUCCCUUGUCUCAGGUGAACCCCAAUCAUGAAAAUGUAACCUGUUUGUUCAUCUCACUUUUCUGUUUUGUGAAAAAAUAUUGUUUUGUGUGCGUUAGUCUGAGAGUGUUUUGUUUUUUUUUUUAAAUUAUUUUCUUUUUAUAAAGGAGGCAAUUUCACCAGCGUCGCCUCCAUUUUUAUCUUUACCACAUUGAUUUAUUAGAUGUUACUUGUAAGACGUUGUUCAAUAAAGACACCCCUAUCCUUAGAA